CGGAGGCGGCUUCCGCUUCCGCGCGGCAAUUCCGGUUUCCGGCGCGCACCUCUCCGGUGCAGCGCGGCUGGCGGGACGGGUGGCGCCAUGGCGGGAAUCAAAGCGCUGAUCAGCCUGUCUUUUGGGGGAGCGGUCGGACUGAUGUUCUUGAUGCUCGGAUGUGCCCUGCCCCAAUACAACCAAUACUGGCCACUGUUUGUUCUGUUUUUUUACAUCCUUUCUCCUAUCCCAUACUGCAUAGCAAGAAGAUUGGUAGAUGACACAGAUGCUACAAGUAAUGCCUGCAAGGAGCUGGCAAUAUUCCUUACAACAGGCAUUGUGGUCUCAGCAUUUGGGCUGCCCAUAGUGUUUGCAAGAGCAGAACUGAUUUACUGGGGUGCAUGUGCACUCGUUCUUACUGGGAAUACAGUCAUCUUUGCCACGAUCCUAGGAUUUUUCUUGGUCUUUGGCAGCAAUGAUGACUUCAGCUGGCAGCAGUGGUGAAAGGAAGAUAAAAGAACUAUCCACAGGUGUCCUGUCAUGCAGUGGCCAUCCAUACAAAUGAGAGAAUGGGCAAUAAAGAGAAGUAGCGUAGCAAGCCUCUUGAGUAUUCUAGAUGCUCCUUUUGACAUGGUUUGUUCUGAGUGUACUACCAUUGCUGACAGGAUUUCUAUGUUUUUAUGAAGUGGAGAGAUGAUUGAUUUCAUUUUUACCUAUGGUAUAUUUUUAGGUGCUCUCUUGGUUUAAAAUGGUCAUCCUUCUGUCCAAUGUUUUAUGUGAAGCUUUAAACCAGGAACAACAUUUAAACAUAAUUUCAAGGAUUUGAAGUUGGGGAGUUUUGGUGGGGUUUUCCUUUGUUGGUGGUUUUUUGGGUUUUUUUUGGCGGGGGGGGUUGGGGGUUUUUUGUUGUUGGUUUUUUGGGGGGGAUUGUUUUUUAAGUUAAACAUUAAUACUACGUUUCAAUUUUUUUUAAUACCAGGAUUAAAUUAUAUACAAGCUGAAUGGAGGUAAGAGAUUGUCCACCAACAUUGCCAAUUACCAUAUCAAUAGAUUGUUGCUAUAUUUUAGCAGAAGCAAGUUGGGUUGGAGAGUACCGGUUGCAGAUUUUCUUCUGCCCGUAACUCAGACUGGGUGAUGAAUGCUGGUAGCUUUCAUUUCAGGAGAAGGUUAGGGAGCAGGUAGAAUUAUUUGAGACAAGAGUCCUAAAUUUUAACACCACUAGCUCUUUUACCUGCUUUGUUACCAAUUCUGUGGAUGUGAUGUUCAAAUACCCUGUAAAUGUAUUGCUCUGACAUACAAAACUGAAGUGUAUUGUAGGGGAAGAGAAAAUGAUGUUUAAAUUCCAUUUUUUUUUAAAAAAGUAUCUUUUGAAAUCUUUCUAAGUAUUGUAUGGAUUUAAACUUUUAUGUCAGCUUUUUACCACAAAGAUGGUAAAAUGUUCAUUUAUGGAACUACAGGUCUGUGUUAAUUUGAAGCAUAUAAAAAGCUAUUUCCUUCUCCCCUUUUACAUUUAUUUUAUACAUAGCAUAUAUAUAUAUAAAUGUAUAAUAAAACAGCUUCUAAAAUGUAGAUUAAAACUUUAUGUUAAACUUGCCUGAGUUUCCUCCCCCUGCUUUAUUUUUUCCCCUCUAAAAGCAGCUAAGGCACAACUUUUUUGGAAGUCACUGACUGAACGGAUUUCACAGACUGUUUUCAAGUUCUUUUGCAUUAUUGGUUAAUAAGAUUUACUGUUAUGUCUGUAACUGUAGCUUGUGUUUUGUAAGAUUGCACAUGUAGCUUCAAGUAUUUAAGACAAGUUUUCUGCAUACCUCUCAAUUGUCCAGAUUUUUAUUUGAAGAAAUCUGCCAUUGGAUAUUCCAUCACAACACAGUUGAUAAGUACCACUUAAGUAGGUUUGCCAGUACCAUGUGCAGUGAUGACCUUGACCAAACUUACUUCUAAGACAUUUUUCAGUUCUUUAAAAAUAAGUCUAUGAAACUUAGUCAUGUCUAAUUGAAAGCUGACAAUUGCUUAUGUUUUGCUCAACAGUAUGAAAAGGCACAGAACUGCAGGUGUUGGCUGUAGUAUUCGUGCGUGGAUGCAAACAAAGUAUAAAGUUUGCAUAUAUAUAUGUAUAUGUUUGUAAACAGAUAUGAAUAUAUACAAAGUCUGUACUCAAGGAACUGGUACUGGCAAGUGGGAGCAGCUGGGGUGUAGGUACCUCCACUGGUACUGGCAGCUGGGAUGUAGGUACCUCCACACAUUGCUCUGUUAAUGUCCUUUGUGUGGAACAGAGGAACAAGCAGGUGCCAAGGCUCCAGUGCAGAAGCUAGUCAAGAGGAGACAUAUUUCAACCAUAAGCAAGUGCUUCACCAAGCUGCCUGUGAUGGUGCAUGAGGGCUGUAAGAUCACGUUUGUUUCCCUUUUUCGGCAAGAUUUCUGCGCCCACACCCCCAGUACAAUAGAGGCUUCAGAAAAUCUUCCAAACCAGUGGCUAAAUUUGCAGUCCUCUGCAGUGCUUAUGAAGGAGGAAUGCCUAGGACUUGUACAAAUAUGAGUCUGUUACCGAUUACUUUUUCAUGGUCAGGAACUGUUUUCGCCUUCGUUCCUGAAGACACAUGAUGCUACUCUCUGGAUCACUGGUCAUGGAGCUGACUGUGUAUGUAUUGGUGGUGCAUUUUUUGUUUAAUUUUGUUAAUUGCAUUACAGCACUCCCUCCUUGCUUGCACACCAAGUACAAGCAGUAUUGCUCUGAUUUACAAGGACACUUGAGAGGUAUGAUCCUUCCAUAUAAUACGCACUGAGAUUGUGUUACCAUCCUUCUAGAGGGAAAAACUUUGAGUGAUACAAAUUUUGAAUAGCAAUCUUGAGUUCUGUAUGUUUAAUCAAAAAUACUCUAAUAAAAAGAGUAUUUUGUUUAAAGUA